AUGGCCAUGACCACAGCUUUAUCAGAUAUGAUGGACUCGGAAUCUCCAGUUGAAUCCACCUACCCAGCGGAAUCUCGAGGUAGGAAACGGAAAGCCUCGACUCGAACAGGAGAUCAAGCAACAGACAGGAAGCGCACCCAAAAUCGCAUCUCUCAACAAUGCGCCAGAGAAAGACAGACCGCCUACAUCCGGCAGAUGGAAUCAUUCAUCGACCUGCUGAGAUCAAGUACGGAAGGAGAUACAGAUGACACAGAGUACACGAAAUUGCUCAAAGCUCAUCUAAAGCUGCUCGAUGACAAACGCAACGCCGAGGAGUCGCUGUUUCGCUUCCGCCAGAAGCUCCUGAGCGUCGGAAAUAUGGCUACAUCCGCUGCUGAGGAUCCGAUAUUCCAGAGCCUCAGCGAGUCCCCCUCGGCGCAGAGUAACCCGGCGCCGCCGGAAUCUAACAAGAAGGCUUCACCCGCAGCAUCACCAUCUACUUUGGAAGCAAUGCCUACUCUUGGGAUUGGAGGUUCAGCCUCGGUAAUUGGGCAACCUCCAGAAUACUCACUUGGCGAUGGUGGUAUUAGAAAUAUUUCGGACCGUCCCUCUCAGGAAGAAACCAACCCUGGAGAUAUCCCACAGUGGCAGCAAGAUAUGGAUCUUCUUUUUCGGCAAUACACGGCGGCGACACAAUUAUCUCACUCCACUAUCCCUAGCCCAUUCGCAUUCCCUGCCUUGGGCCCAGGCUGGCCUUUACCACAAAUGCCCUUUCCUAAUAUGCCUCUCGGUAUCGACGCGAUGGGAUCCUCGGGAGGUCUCGGACAGCCGCAAGUCCCUGCAUUUGUACAAAUCACACAAUCAAACAGUGAAGGUCUAAUGGUCAUCAACAACUCGACCAUAUUUGCAGACCAGGUUCGAUCAGCAGCGAAACAUGUCAUGUUUACGUCCAUGCGAAGCCCUUGGAACUACGAUGGGUCCAAUUCUCCACCUGCGGAUAGCCCGGAGAUGGUUGAAAGACUGGCGUCCGUAGCAGUGGAGGUUAUCGGUGCAUUAGCUGGUCUGCAGACAUACAUCUACGGAGUUCAUUUUUCGAAGUACAUGGAGUAUGUGAUGCGAUGGCGCAUCUCAAAUCGAUUAGAAGAUCGACUUGCCAUUCCCGUACCGUUCCGACCAACUCCUCUCCAAGCAGCAACGCCAGAUCAUCCCAUGGUCAUUGACUUCAUCAACUGGCCUUCAAUCAGAGAUCACAUGAUUCUCUACUCGACAAGUCUAGAUCUCGAUGCCAUGAGCCGUGACAUUGUUUUAAAUACCGUCAUUGAACUACCUCGAAAACAAGUCGCAGUCAACAUAUACGAGCUCUUCUUCACCCAUAUCCUCCCGACAAUCAGGGGCGGGCAGGGAGAGGUCAAAGACUCUAUGCUUCACAACCCUGAAUGGAUUUACCUUACUGUUUCGCCCAAUUCGACUCCCGCCUCCGUCCCAACCCCUUCGCCAACACAAGAAGUUCUUGCAGCAGAAAUAGCAGAAAGGAUGGGCCUACACCUCGACAAUUUACCAAGUUCCGACUCAUCAACACCUCCCUCUGUUAACAUAAAUACGCCAUUGCGGACGGCGAACCAAGAUGUUUCGCAGUAUCAAAUGGUUUCGUGCAAGGCCGUCAUUUUUGAAAACGUACAUUUGUAA